AUGGUACACCCAAAUACUCACCCUAAGAAUGCAACCCAGCAUCCUGGUGAGAUCCUUCUCCAAAACAAACAAAAAAGAUGCACUGCUCAUGAAGUAAAGGAAGAAAAGGAUCAAAUGGAGCAGGAACAGCAGGGGAACGAAGCCGCUGCAAAGUGCAACACCGAGAGAAUCGCCUCUAUUGAAGAUAAGAUGGCAUUAAAGGAGCUGAAAACUCUUAUGGACACACCUAAACCUCAGCCCCAUGCACGUCCUAUACAAAAGAAGACCAAACUCACCAUCGAGGACAAUGACGAGAUUGCAGAAGGCACCAUUGAGAGCAAGGACAAUGAAAUGAUGGAUGUUGCUACAGAUGAUAACAAUGGCAUUGAGGACUUUGUUGAGAGUGAUGAUGAAGGCAUAGAAGUGCAGCCAAGGAAGAAGUGUGUCCAGAAGAUGGCUCAUCAUGAGGCUGUCCAGGAUGUGAAAAGCAUUAAUAAUAAAGGUGGUGUUCAUCACAACAAGUCAUCACAAUAUUCUGAACUUCGAAUCACAUCAGAUCAUGAUCACACAAUUGCGGCACAUGGUGACCCAAAAGGCAAGAAGGUUGCAGAUGUCAGCGCAAUCAAGGACAACUUUGCAGGGAUGGGAAAAACCAAGGACUGGGCUGAGAAACUUGUGGCAAGCAAGUUGCUCAGGCCUCAAAGCCUUCAAGCAGUUUCUCGAGUGUCCUCAGUAACUACCUCAACAGUCAUUUUGGCAAUCUCCAAGAUGACCAGUACCAGUGCUCAUUCUGGACCUCCCCCUACUCCAACAACUAAUAGGCAAGGCAAUCUUCAAGAGCCUACCACAGUCUUUUUUGAUAGCAAUGAUUCUCUCGAGCGCAAGGUGGCCUUCACUGCUACCAAAAAACCUAGUGGCAGAAGCACAACUUCUGCAGAUAUAAUGGAAGUCCAGGAUAGUUUGUUAUCUCCACCUCCUCCAAUCAGACGCCUAGCAACAAAGAAAAGGACAAAAUCCUUGUCUUUACCACCUUCUUCUAUGCAGCCAUCAAGAGCUACUGCCAGACUUGACACCACCCUCAUUUCCAGUUUGUUGAUGGACAUCAAUUCUGGCAACAGCAGCCCCAGUGAGGACAUAAUAUUGCCUUCUGCCUCUGUGGAAGUGAAAAACAACAAAAGUCUGACAACUUCAGCAAAACAAUGCCUCAUGGAAUGGUGUGGAGGGUUCGGUGUCGCAGCUUGCUCCAUCCUCACUGCAUUUUUUGCACAGGAUGCUGAUUUUUUAGAUCCUGUCGCUCGUGUGGACUUCUUAAAAGCCAUGCUCAAACAAAAUCGGUUUGUUUUCAGGGAUAAUUCAGGUCUCAUUCCCAAGAAUUGGAUGGGUAUGUGGAGAUCUCCUUUCGUACUUCAAACAUUCACAUCGCAUCUCAAUUUCACCUUUGGCUGUGUUGAAAUCCCCACCCUGGACACCAAGAACCCUAGUGCACGGGCUGCCUUUGCCCUCACUGUCACAGCCAUAAGUCUCGAUUUAGAUUUCAACUGUGCAAAGACAGAUGACAGUGAUGUUUGGACACCCGUCAUUGCGAAGGGUGAGCAGUAUUCUUUUAGGAAACCAAUCUGGGGGGGCAUGACCCUCAAGUUCAUGGGCCUCAUUUCAGCGCUUUCCGACAAUGACUUUGCAAGCAUUGUGGAGGAAGCUCAACAGUAUGCCAAGAACUUGAAAAAUGUUGGGAACUUGAGGACUACUACCAGUGUUGCACCUGACAAGGACGACAUAUUUGCUGACCUUUUUGCUUUCCACUAA